CGGAGCGAAGCGAGACUCGAGAAGAAACAUGACGAAUCAUGUGUACCGUGCAAUCGUCUACUAUUUCCUGAUUGUUUAUUUAAAGGGUCUACUGCAAUCCCUGAAGCUCUAUUCCGGACAUCCAGCUGAUUUGGUAAAAUGCUCGGCCGACUUCAACUUCGACCUAGACGAGGAUCCUGGCUCAGGCGAUAUCGAUAACGAGUUGUUCCACAGUUCGGAAGAUGUUGACACUAAUGUGCCAGACAUCGGACGAGACGAUGACGAAGACAGAAGCGAGGAAAGCAAUCCACCGCCAUUCAUCAAUCCACCCCCUCCUCCCAAUCCGGACUACAAAGGACCAAAGGGUGACAAAGGUGAUAAAGGAGACAAAGGAGAGAGUGUUAGGGGACCUCCAGGUCCUCCUGGUCCACCUGGUCAAGAUGAGGGUCCGCCAGGGAAGAAAGGAGACCCCGGCACGUGCACCUGCAAUGCAACAGCCCUGAUGGCAUCCUUUACGAUGCCAAAGAUGAUCCAAGGACCGAAGGGGGAGCAAGGAGUGCCGGGGCAAGAAGGGAAACAAGGCCAGAUGGGGCUGACGGGUGCAGCUGGUCCACCUGGAGAGAGAGGGUUGGAAGGACCACAGGGUCCUAAGGGUGAUAAAGGAGACAUAGGAAUAGCGGGACCGGAAGGUCCUCAAGGACAGAAAGGAGAACCUGGUCGCGAUGGAAUACCCGGCGAGAAGGGUGCUCAAGGACCUCCCGGGCCACCAGGCAAGGGUGAAUUCUCUGGAUAUGACCCCAGUUGGAAACCCCGAGGCAUUUAUGGGACGGAAGGUAUCACGAUGAGGCCAGGAUUGCCGGGACAGAAAGGCGAGGCAGGCCUUCCAGGAAAUCCAGGACCGAAGGGGGAAACUGGAAUCGCCGGCGCCAAGGGGAACAAAGGUGAACCAGGGCACAAGGGUGCUAAAGGCGAUCACGGAAAGGAGGGUGGCCGAGGGAUUCAAGGGUUCAAGGGUGAGCCUGGUGCUCCUGGAGCACCGGGGCUUCCUGGUGCCCCGGGUGAGAAUGGGAGACCAGCCGAGAAAGGUGACAAGGGAGACACAGGAGCAGAAGGAAAACCAGGUCCUCCAGGUGCACCUGGACCACCAGGUUUAUCUAGCUUAAGCGGCCCUGGGGGAGUGAACAUUGGAGAAGCAGUGUUAAGAGAGAAAGGUGACAAGGGCGAGAGCGGCGCGCGGGGAUACAAAGGAGACAAGGGCACCAAAGGCGAGAAAGGUGACAAGGGUGACUCUGGACCAGCCGGAAUUCCUGGUGUGAACGGAAUUCAAGGACCGCAAGGCAACAAAGGCGAGCCGGGGAAGGAUGGAGUUCCCGGGGCACCGGGAAUCGUCGGUGCAAAGGGUGAAAAAGGUGAGAGAGGUCCGCCAGGAGCUACAGCUAUAGCCAGUUCUGGAGACUACAUCACCAUCAAGGGUGAGAAGGGAGCAGAAGGCAAGAGAGGUAGAAGAGGACGUCCUGGGCCGCCAGGACCAGUCGGCCCACCUGGAAAGCCGGGAGCGAUGGGAGAAAUUGGGUUACCUGGAUGGGUGAACACCAUGAAAGGUCGUCCUGGAACUCCCGGACUUCCUGGACCUGUUGGACCAGUGGGACCCAAGGGAGAAAAAGGAGAACCCGGCACGCCGAGCCCUUACGGAGUUUCUGUCGGUAUAAAAGGCGACAAAGGAGACGAUGGUUUCCCUGGAAUUCCUGGACAACCUGGAAGAGACGGUCAGAGAGGACCUCCCGGUCCUCCAGGACCACCUGGACCACCGUCCCAAGGGAACUAUAUCCCAGUUCCUGGUCCACCAGGACCUCCUGGACCACCAGGACCACCCGGAUUAUCUUUGAUCGGACAGAAAGGUGAACCAGGAAUUGGUAGAAGUCACAUCUUUGGCGAGAGAGACUAUUACGGAGUCAGACAAGGACCCAGAACUAGUUUAGACGAACUGAAAGCUCUACGAGAGCUAAAACAGUUGAAGGAGCUAAAGGAACAUUUAGGUGCUGCAACCACCGCGACCAGAGGUCCCUUAGAAAGCACAACGAAGAUUGUACCAGGAGCUGUGACCUUUCAAAACACCGAAGCUAUGACCAAAAUGUCUGCUGUGAGUCCGGUUGGAACGUUAGCUUACAUCAUAGACGAACAAGCUUUGCUCGUUAGAGUGAACAACGGCUGGCAAUACAUUGCAUUGGGUUCGCUUUUACCAAUAACUACGCCAGCACCACCAACCACGUCACCGCCUCCGGUAAAUCCACCUUUCGAAGCUUCUAACCUGAUCAACCAGAUACCCGUAAAAGCUGACGGAACAGGGUGGUAUCCACGAAUGUUACGAAUGGCUGCGUUGAACGAACCAUUUACUGGAGACAUGCACGGUGUACGAGGAGCUGACUAUGCUUGUUAUCGACAAGCGAAGCGAGCAGGUUUGAGGGGUACGUUUCGAGCAUUCCUCAGCUCCAGAGUUCAAAAUGUCGACAGCAUCGUGAGACUCGGGGACCGGGAUCUCCCUAUCGUUAACAUAAAGGGGGAUGUUCUCUUCAACUCGUGGAAGGAGAUGUUCAACGGAAAUGGGGCCUACUUCUCGCAAAAUCCACGGAUCUACAGCUUCAAUGGCAAAAAUAUCCUCACCGACUUUGCAUGGCCAGAAAAGGUGGCAUGGCACGGAUCGCACAAAUUAGGUGACCGGGCAAUGGACACGUAUUGUGACGCUUGGCAUUCAAGCAGUUCGGAUCGUCACGGAUUAGGAUCACCGUUAACUGGCGGACGCCUCUUGGAGCAAGUUCGUUAUUCCUGCGACAACAAGUUCGCGUUACUCUGUAUAGAAGUAACCAGCGAGACCACAAGAAGGAGGAGGAGCGUCGAAGUUUCAGAGGACGAGGACGAAAUGUCGGAGAACGAUUAUAAGGAGUACUUGGAUUCUCUGAUGGAGAACUAACCCCUCUGUCAUUCCUCUCCCACCAUCCCUUCUAUCCCUUUUCUCUCUUUGUCUCUUAACAUAACGUAAACUACACAGCAACAACAUCGUUGUAUAAAUAGAAAUCGAGAUGAGUCGAUUUUGUACCGUUCCUGUUUUUAACGAACUGCACAAUACACAUAGCGAGAAAGCAAUAGAAAAGAAAAAAAGAGGGGAAAAAAUGUAAAAAAAAGAAAAAAAAAAUAUUAUUUGAACGAAAAAGAAUGUGACGAUGAAAUGCAAAUCGAGCGACCAUCUCGUUUCUAAACAGCGUGAAAUCUAUCUGUAAUCCCAAAGGUUAUAAGCCCCCCAGUCGCAAGUCAUUAGCCAACGCUUUAUACGAAUUUCCCUUCUCUCUUUAAGAAAUAAGACUGAUCGACUAGACAUCGUUCAUCAGUGUUUCAUAUCGCUUGUACUCUUAAUCCGUCAUCGCUAUCGAGCGUCGAAGAAACGCGAUAUCGACGUUUCUUCGACGUGCGUCAACUUAACACGACGCCGUUAGGAGUUCCCUACGUCACGAUAAACGUCCAGUACUUAGAACGUUGCUGCAAGAGGAGAUACUUCGAAGCGUGGUCAGAGAUACUCACCACUCGAGUCAUAAUUUACCGUUUAAGGGAUUAAGGAACGAAGCGAAAAGAGUAGAUAACGACGAGAAGAAAGAAAAUAAAGAAAAAAAAAAAAAAGGAAAAAAAAAACGUAAAUUAACGGCUGCCCUACGACCUAAUAAAAACUCGUCGGAGUUCAUAUCCGCGAUCGAAUUGCAUUUACACUUUAGCCAAUACAUAUGAGUGUGUAUGUUAGAUGUAAGAAACGAGUCGAUUAAAAGCAGAUAAAUAAAUAAAUGGAUUCCGUAAAUAAGACGAUUGAAUUUCUUGCAUCCGGAAUCCGGAUUUAUGCUCUGUGUACAAUUCGCGGCAGGCGCGUUUGGUGCGAUAGUAAACUGCAUGAAUGUGCAAUAAAGAAUGCAAGUAAUUACUUACGGACCUACAGGCUCAUAACAGCAUGUUAUAUGUGACGAAAAGGAUUAUUUAGAAAUUGGAUUAACAGUUGCGAACAGUUGUGGAAUAAGCUUGUGAAUCUAUCUUGGCGUAUAUGUAGUGAUAUUUUAUAACUUACGUAUAGUUCUCGUUCAGAAAGAAACACGUUGCAUACGUCACACCGCGAGCUAUCGCUAUCUUAAUCGUCGUUGGCCUCUGCUUUUACAUCGAGCAUAAAUCAAGUCUAAGUCAGUGUCUAUAAUUCGAAGAUACGAUAUAUUACUAACGUUAAACUAAUUUAUUACAAUUAAGUAGAGAGAACGUCGGUCUAUACCUUUAGGUUGUCAGCAUGCUUGUUGGCGAAUCGAUUUCGUGCCGGAAAAAAAGAAUUAUAAAGAAUAUAAAAAUUCCCCGAUGCUGUAAUGUAGAUCUUGACGUACCGAUGUAAAACCAACUAUCCUUCGAUAUAGUUUGCACCGACGACCAUUUUAGUUCGAAAUUUUGUAUUAUUUGUACACUUUAUUAUUGUCUUUCUAAAUAAAGAACGGAAACUGCA